CUUUCCCCAAAAGUUACUGGAGGUGAUCGGAGUCGCACCGCGACCGGGGCCGAGCUGCACUGAGGAAAUACGGCACUGGACUAAACGCCGAAAAGACGAUUACUUUUUUAAAAAAAGAAAAAAGAAAGAAAGAAAAAAGAAAAACAAACCCACUCUAUGAGGCUGCUUUUUCUCAAAGUGAUCCCUGGGAACUUCAGUCUUUUUCUCGUUUUUUAAAAGGAUGUAUUAUUGCUGACGCUUUCAACAGAGGAGAUGGAUAAGAUGUCCACAAAUAUGAGGAAUUACAGAUUUUGGGUAGUGCUGUCAGUUUUGGGACUUGUGCAGAUUUGUGAAGGACUGCGCUGCUUGGACACACAGAGACCAUGUGAAAACGGGGGGAUGUGUAUUGAAUCGAGAUGCAUGUGCCGGCCCGGGUACAUCGGACCACUGUGCCAACACCUGGACCCAUGCCACCGCUCACCGUGCCUUAACGGAGCUGCGUGCAAAAGUCAAGUGGCAAACGGUAUCCCACAGUACACCUGUGUGUGCCAGAGAGGCUUUAGAGGUCAGGAUUGCUCUCUGAUCGAUGCUUGCGCCACAAGCCCAUGUGCUAACGGAGCCCGUUGCACCAACUGGAACAACCAUUACAACUGUUCGUGCCCACCUGGCUACCAGGGCAAGAACUGCCGCAACGACAUCGACGAGUGCCGCAAGCCAGGAAAGUGUCUGAACGGAGGCAGCUGUGUGAACACACAUGGCUCGUUUUGCUGCGAGUGCCUGCCUGGAUACAGCGGACGCACGUGUGAGGUGCUUACUCAGCCCUGUGCGCCAUCCCAGUGCCUAAAUGGGGGAACCUGCCAUCAAACUGGGGACCACACUUACGAAUGUGCUUGCCUGCCAGGAUUUGGUGGCCUUAACUGCGAGGUGAACGUAGAUGACUGUCCUGGCCACAAGUGCAUGAAUGGUGGGAUUUGUGUAGAUGGAGUCAACACCUACAACUGCCAGUGCCCACCUGAGUGGACAGGUCAGUACUGUGCUGAGGAUGUAAACGAGUGCUUGAUGCAGCCGAACGCUUGCCAUAACGGAGGCACGUGCUUCAACACCAAUGGCGGCCACACAUGCGUGUGCGUGAAUGGCUGGACCGGCAACGACUGCAGCGAGAACAUCGAUGACUGUGCCACUGCCGUGUGCUUUAAUGGAGCUACAUGUCAUGACCGUGUGGCAUCUUUCUUCUGCGAGUGUCCAGUGGGCAAGACCGGUCUGCUGUGCCAUCUGGAUGAUGCCUGUGUCAGUAACCCCUGCAAUGAAGGUGCAGUGUGUGACACCAACCCAUUGAACGGCCGUGCCAUCUGCACAUGCCCGGCUGGCUUUGUCGGUGGAGCCUGUAACCAGGACAUGGAUGAGUGUUCCAUCGGUGCCAACCCAUGCGAGCACUUUGGAAAGUGUGUGAAUACAGAAGGAUCUUUCCAGUGCCAGUGUGGUCGUGGUUAUACGGGCCCUCGGUGCGAGAUUGACAUCAAUGAGUGCCUGUCCAUGCCCUGCCAGAACGAUGCCACCUGCCUCGACCGCAUCGGCCAGUUCUCCUGUAUCUGCAUGCCUGGCUACGCUGGCACACACUGCGAGGAGGACAUCAACGAGUGCGAGAGUAAUCCCUGUGUAAAUGAUGGCAUCUGCAGAGACCUGGUCAACGGUUUCACCUGCACCUGCCAGCCAGGCUUCACUGGCACCAUGUGCCAGAUCGACAUUGAUGAGUGUGCCAGCACACCCUGCCAGAACGGAGCCAAGUGCAUCGACAGGCCCAAUGGCUACGAGUGCCGCUGUGCUGAAGGGUUCGAGGGCAGACUGUGCGAAAGCAACAUCGAUAACUGCCUGCCUGAUCCGUGCCACCAUGGCACAUGCAUAGACGGCAUCGCCAGCUACACCUGUAACUGCGUGCCAGGCUACACAGGAUAUCGGUGUGAGAACCAGCUCAACGAGUGCCAUAGUAACCCCUGUCAGAACGGCGGCAAGUGCGUGGACCUGGUCAACAAAUACAUCUGCCAGUGCCUGCACGGGACCUCAGGCACCAAUUGUGAAAUCAACUUUGAUGACUGCGCCAGCAACCCGUGUGACUAUGGCAUCUGCAAGGACGGCAUAAACCGUUACGACUGCGUGUGCAAACCUGGUUUCACUGGUCCGAAAUGUAACGUGGAGGUGGACGAGUGCUCGUCAAACCCCUGCCGUAACGGAGGCACCUGCGUGGAUGAGGAGAACGGCUUCCGCUGUCUGUGUCCUGACGGUUUCCAUGAGCCGUACUGCUACUCUCAUGUAGACGUGUGUAGCAACAGCCCAUGUGUGCAUGGAGUCUGCAGAGAAGAUCCCAACGGGUAUCGCUGUGACUGUGAGCCUGGCUGGACGGGCAAGAACUGCGAUCUGGACCGUAAUGAUUGUCUGCCCAACCCAUGUCAGAACGGCGGCACCUGCAUCGACCAGCUCAACGGUUUCACCUGUAAAUGUCGUCAGGGCUUCAGAGGUAAUCUGUGUCAGGAGAACAUAAACGAGUGUGCGUCCAGCCCCUGCCUGAAUCACGGUACAUGUGUGGAUGGCAUAGCAAGUUUUACAUGCCGGUGCGAGACACCCUACAGCGGACCAACCUGUGCUGAGGAGCCGUGCUCGCCCAACCCCUGUGCCAACAAUGCUGCGUGUGUUCACUCAUUCGACUACCUGGGCUUCAAGUGCACCUGCCCGCCAGGAUGGCAAGGCCAGAAGUGUAACAUUGACGUAAACGAGUGCAGCUCUAACCCAUGCAAGAACCGUGGCACCUGCACCAACACGCUCGGCGGAUACAUGUGCUCCUGCCGCAAUGGAUACACAGGACCUAACUGUGAAACUGACAUCAAUGACUGUCUCCCGAAUCCAUGUCUCAGCGGAGGCUCAUGCAUAGACGGCAUUAACACCUUCUACUGCACCUGCCUGCCCGGAUUCACAGGGCCGCGGUGCGCCAUCGAGGUGAACGAGUGCCAGAGCUCCCCUUGCAAGAACGGAGGCACUUGCACCGACUAUGUCAACAGCUACACUUGCACCUGCAAACCAGGUUUCACCGGCCUCCACUGUGAGAGCAACAUACCCGACUGCACAGAGAGUUCUUGCUUUAAUGGUGGAACAUGUGUGGAUAAGAUCAAUGGAUUCUCCUGCACAUGCCGCUCCGGGUUCACCGGCGAGCACUGCCAGUACGAGGUGAACGAGUGCGACUCGCAGCCCUGCCUCAACGGAGGAGUGUGUCAUGAUGGUGUCAAGACGUUUCACUGCUCCUGCCCUAAAGGAUACACUGGCAACCGCUGUCAGGUCCCUGUGGACUGGUGUAGGCGCUCAAACCCGUGCCAGAACGGUGGACGGUGCAGAGCGAAGGACGGAUCGUUCACCUGCGACUGUGUAGGAAGCUGGUCCGGACGCUACUGCGACAUCCCGGGAGUUUCCUGUGAGGUCGCAGCUCUACAAAGAGGCCUUCAGACGGAUGAUCUUUGUGAUCAUGGAGGUCACUGUGUAAACACAGGGAACACGCACUACUGCAAGUGUCCACCUGAUUACACAGGCAGCUACUGCGAGAGUCAGGUGGACCACUGUGAGGACAAACCUUGCCUCAACGGUGCCACCUGCAGGGGCUACGUGGGAGGAUACACGUGUGACUGUUUGCCAGGUUAUGACGGACAGAACUGUGAGCGGGAGAUCAACGAGUGCCGCUCAUACCCGUGUCAGAAUGGAGGAACCUGCAUCGACCUGGUGGGCCACUACAUCUGCUCCUGCCCUCCUGGCACACGGGGUGUUUUGUGUGAGAUAAAUGAAGACGACUGUGCCCUGCCUUCAUGGCCCCGAGGCACCCCGAAGUGCCAGAACAACGGUACCUGUGUGGACCGGGUGGGUGGAUACCGCUGUAACUGUCCUCCUGGGUUCACCGGAGAGCGAUGUGAAGGAGACAUAAAUGAGUGUCGUUCGAACCCCUGCAACCCAGCCAACAGCCUCGACUGCAUCCAGCUGCCGAACGAUUACCAGUGUGUCUGCAAGCCUGGAUUCACAGGUCAAGGAUGUCAGAACAGGUUCGGCGUGUGUGAUUCUCAGCCUUGUAAGAAUGGCGGCGUGUGCUCGAUGUCCAGCAGCUCUCCAGUAGGAUACAGUUGCACAUGUCAGCUGGGUUAUACCGGGUUGAACUGCGAACGCAGCAUGUCUUGUCGUGAGCUCUCCUGCUAUAACGGUGGUAGCUGCACCCUGACGCCACGUGGCGCCCGCUGCUCAUGUCCACAUGGCUAUGCAGGUACACAGUGCCAGGAGCGUGCUAGCGAGAGCUGCUUGUCCAAGCCAUGUCGCAAUGGAGCUACGUGCAGAGAGGAAGCUUCCUUCCCCUUUUUCAGCUGCCAGUGCCUGCCAGGCUGGCGGGGUAAACGCUGCGAGGAAUCUCGAAUGAUGGAGUCGCCCAUCUGCCCGCUGCCUGACUGCCAUGGCAAGGCCAAAGAUGGCGUAUGUGACAAGGAGUGUAACUCGUUUGCUUGCCAUUGGGACGGCGGAGACUGCUCGCUGGCCAUGAACCCAUGGGCACACUGCACUGACCCGCACUGCUGGCGAGUCUUCAACAACAGCCAGUGUGACGCAAUGUGCAACACGGCCGAAUGCCUGUAUGAUAACUUCGACUGCAAGACCAAGGAGAAAGUCUGCAAUCCCAUCUAUGAGACGUACUGCAUGGAUCACUACGCUGACGGCCGCUGUGAUCAGGGCUGUAACAACGAAGAGUGCGGCUGGGACGGUUUGGACUGUGCCAGAACAGUUCCAGAAAAUUUGGCAGAUGAUGUGCUGGUGAUCGUGGUGCUCUUGCCUCCUGACGAGCUGCUCCGCACGGGUACGGCUUUCCUGCAGAAGCUCAGCAGCAUCCUGCGCACAUCCCUCCGCUUCAGACUUGACCAAAACGGAGACGCGAUGAUCAAACCGUACACCCGACGCGAGGCACGGUUCAAGCGUGAGCUCCAGUCCCAUAACGAGGUCAUCGGAUCGAUCGUGUACUUGGAGAUCGAUAACCGGCUGUGCUCCCAGGACUCGGAAAGCUGUUUCCCCACAGCUGAAAGCGCAGCAGGUUACCUGGGAGCCCUUUCUGCUCAGGAAAUGCUCGGGAAAUUCCCUUAUCCACUCAAAGAAGUCCGCAGUGAGAGGAUAGUGGACAAAGUGUCUCAAUUGGGAAAGCUGCUUCUGGUUGGCAUUGCUGUGCUCUUCCUGAUGGUCAUCAUGAUUGUGGGAAUGCUGAUUGCCAGACGUAAACGUGAACACAGCACUCUCUGGUUCCCUGAAGGCUUCUUCCUUAAGAAGGAAACCAGCAGUAACAAGAACCGCAGAGAACCCGUCGGACAGGACGCUUUAGGCAUGAAGCACAUGCCGAAGACGGUGGAAGAGUCCUUACUGGGAGAACACAGUGACCAGUGGCUAGAUACAGACUGUCCUGAGGCCAAGAGACUGAAGGUGGAGGAGCCGAGUAUUCUCUCAGACAGCGAGGACGCUGUGGACAGCAGGCAGUGGACGCAGCACCACCUGGCAGCCGCAGACAUCCGCAUGCCUCCGUCCAUGGCCCUCACGCCUCCACAGGGUGAAUUUGAUGGUGACUGCAUGGACGUCAAUGUCCGGGGACCAGAUGGCUUCACUCCACUCAUGCUGGCUUCAUUCUGCGGCGGAGGACUCGAGCAGGAAGUGGCCGAGGAUGAUGACUCAGAGGAGUCUUCAGCUAACAUUAUAUCAGACCUCAUCUACCAGGGAGCAUCGCUGGGUGCUCAGACCGACCGCACCGGAGAAACAGCUCUUCACUUGGCUGCCCGCUACGCUCGCGCCGACGCUGCCAAACGCCUGCUGGAUGCCGGAGCCGAUGCCAAUGCACAGGACAACACGGGUCGCACGCCUCUACAUGCUGCUGUGGCUGCUGAUGCCCAGGGCGUCUUCCAGAUUUUGAUCAGGACACGGGCGACGGAUUUGGAUGCACGGAUGUACGAUGGCUCCACAGCUCUUAUCCUGGCCGCUCGGUUGGCAGUGGAGGGCAUGGUGGAGGAGCUCAUCACCUGCCAUGCUGAUGUUAAUGCUGUUGAUGAGCUUGGUAAAUCUGCACUGCACUGGGCUGCAGCUGUGAAUAAUGUUGAAGCCACUAUCGCCUUGUUGAAGAACGGAGCCAAUAAAGACAUGCAAGAUCUUAAGGAGGAGACGCCACUCUUCCUGGCUGCGAGAGAGGGUAGCUGUGAAGCAGUGAAGGUUCUUUUGGCCCACUUCGCCAACCGUGAGAUUACAGACCACAUGGACCGUCUGCCUCGAGACAUCGCUCAGGAACGCAUGCACCAUGACAUCGUGCAGCUAUUGGAUGAGUACAACACUGUGCGCAGCCCGCAGAGCCACGCCGGCGCAGGACACCAUCUAGCAGGUGGACAUGCCCUCUCACCGCUCAUGUGUCCACCAGGUAGCUUCCUGCCCAGUCUGAAAAACACGCCGCAGGGCAAGAAGAAUCGCCGGCCAGGUGCCAAAGGAAUAGGCGGACAACACGGGAGCAGUCUAAAGGAUGCUGCAAAGGCACGGAAUAAGAAGCUGACGCUGGACAUGCAGAGCGCUCUGCUGGACAGUUCAGUGACACUGUCGCCUGUGGACUCGCUGGACUCGCCACGCGGUGGUGCCAGUAACGCCGGCUAUGUCACUAACCCAGCGUCUCCAGCUGCUAUGCCCUCUCCAGGAAUCUUCCACUCAGUGCCCAAUACUCCGAUGGUGCACAGCGGUAUGAUGGAUGCUGGUGGUCCUUUCACAGUUUCCUUAGCAGGCUUGAACGAGCUAAGUCAAGCCACCCACACUUACGCUCUCAACCCUGGCCAGAUGAACCUGGGCAUGGGCUUGGUGAGCCCAGUGAGCGUGCCAUUUGACUGGCACAGCCGUGCGCCACAGACCCCACAGUGCACCCAGCCUAUGGUGAGCAUGGUGCACCCGGGGACACCGGGUACUAUGCAGCCUGCUGCUGUUCUGAUGCACCAGCAGCAGGUUUUCCGUAACACCCAGCAGCCCAUGUUGCAGCCUACGCCAGUCUCCAGUACACCCACCAUCAGCCCUGUAAAGCUGCCUUCAAUCGCCGAACAGCAGCAGCUCCAUGCUCACGGCCUCACCAACCAGCAGGCCCUGGUGAGCUUGGGUGCCUCGACGCCUCCGACCCCGCAGCCUCCUCAACCCUUCUACCAGCAAGCGCAGCAGAGUCAGGCACAAUCCCAGCAGCCCCAGCAGCAGCCACAAACACCUGCAGUCCCACAGAGCCAGGCUGCCCCUCCACAGGUCUCCCAGGCUCCUCCAGUGCAGGCCAGUAGCAGUACCACCAGUGCAGGAUUGGAGGAUUACCCCACUCCUCCUUCCCAACGAAGCUACACCUCAGCCAUCGACGCCACCCCCAAGCAUUACCUGCACGUGCCCAACGAGCACCCCUACCUGACCCCAUCCCCAGAGUCUCCAGAGCCAUGGUCGAGCCCCUCCCCACACUGCGUUUCCGAUUGGUCCGACUCCACCCCGAGUCCAUCGGUCUCCGCCCCUGCCUCUUCCCACACCCAAAUUCCUCAUGCUUCCGAAGCCAGUGGGAAGAUGCAGGUGUUUGCGUGAGCAGAACUUCCCAGAGUGUCCCUGUCUCUCAUUUAAAAAAAAAAAAAAUGUCAGCCCGUUUCCAAAAUUUUAAUUGGAUGAGGAUUGACUUGGUGUUUGUUGACUGGACAGUCUGCCGGAUGUCGUCUGCAGAGAAAACGAGUAAAGGGAAAAUUGUGUUGUCUUAAAAAGAAAAGACAAUUUAAUGAAGUAAGACGUUCUGUCACAGAUGAACUUGUGUGUUUUUUUUAUUAUUAAAAAAAAGUAUAUGAAGAAGAAAAACCACGUCUUUCAUUUCAAAGACUUGGGGACACUUUUCCUGACACUAACAAACUUUUUAAAAAGUAGAUUAAGAGAAAAGUUGAAGGAAAAUCCUUUCUUUCUUUCUUUCAUUUUUUUUUAUUUAUUGUCUCAACGCAUUCCUCUAAAACUGCCUUGUGGUUGUCCUCUCGCUCUGUCUGUCUCCACGUGUCCAGCUGUUACACUCUUUGUGUGAUUGUUACAACAGCACAGGCUUGUGAGUCCCACGUCUCCCACCGAAGUCACCUGUGUAUUUCGAGUUACAGACAGAAAGAGCUGGACACAUCACCUCUUUUAUGUGGUAUUAUUUAUUUAGGCCAGUGUUACUCCACUAAAUUGGCGUCACAGAUUACCUAGCCAUGUUUAAAUUGUUAAAAGUUAGUGAUAUAUUUGAAUUUGAUGAACCGACCUACAGUGAAACGAUACAUUCCGUAGGAGUAAUAUCUAUCUAUCUGUAUCUAUCUAUAUCUAUCUAUCUAUCUAUGUGGGGCAAUAAUGUCGAAAGGCAUUUCUGAAGCACUUCUAAGGCCGAGCGUGUAAGAAUUAAAUUGAUAGCUGCUCUUGGGGGAAUUUUAUCGCUUAUAGUGAAAUACGUCAGCGUUCGAGUAUUAAUUUUGAUAGAGCCGAGCUCACAAAGGGGCCUGAUUUCUCAUUCCCUUCCUUUUUGCUUUCGUUCCGAGGUCACUUAUAAACUCACUGGCUGCCCUUUUUAGUCUGUGUGGGGUUUUUUUUUGUUUGUUUUUUUCUUUGGGGUUGUAUAAAUUUAUUUUGAUGUUUUUAAUGUUUUUUAUUCUGUACGUUAUAACCUUGGUUACCUUCGGACAUCACGACGACGUGAUAAGCUGUGUAUUUUUUUAUAGGCUGCUGCUUCCUGUCGCUUCACGGUGACACUGCUAAGAUAUCACUGCCAACCAGAGCCCUUCAUUUCACACAAAACUCGACCAGAAGAACCUUCUCAAAUAUCUUCUGACCCCUGGUCCUUUUCUUUAUCUCUUGUCCUAUUUUUUGUAAUAUGGUCCGGCCAAUAUGUCACCUUACGUCAUCUGAAUUGUGUGUGUGUGUGUGUGUGUGUGUGCGCGCGUGUUGGGGUGUGUGAAGGUCCGAAGAGGUGGCUAGUGGGCUGCUAGUGCUCUGUCACUCCUCAGGGAGGUGUUAUAUAGCAUGCAGUGUAGUCUGCAUCUCUAGCAGCCUCCACCUAACCGGCCUAGAAGACAGCGUCUGACUUGCGUGGCCUGAACGCCCCAGUGGAGUGAACGCUGCUAUGUAGUGCUGCCCCCUGCUGUCAGCUGCAGGUACAGGCGCUUUUACUUCUCUGUAAAAUCCCAUCCCGAGCAGAGCACCCAUUUCUCUUCUCACAGCAUAAGGCUGUACAAGGUCAGGAAGUCAGGUUAGACUUUCUUGCAUGUUUUUUUAAGCCAAAUCCGGAUGCCUAUUUUUAUAAAAAAAAAAAACAAAAAAAAAACAAAA